AGCUCGGCGAGUGGUCCGUCUCCGAUGGCCGCCCUGAUGUCGGUCGCCGACAAUCUGACGUCGCCGGAGCCGGUGCCGCAGCCUUCGAACAAUUCGAGUCCCACCAGCCGAAGUCCACCCACAACGGCUGCCAAUGCUCAGCAACAGCGCAGCACGUCUCGAGGCUCGCAGCACAGUCCCAACGGAUCAGGAAAUUCGGGCAGGAGGCCCAGCGGCUCCAGGCACGUCUCCUCGACGACGCCCACCUCGACGGAGGGCACCGUCUCGCAGACGGCAGGAGCCGAGCCGGUGUCGGCGCCCACCCUGAAGUGCACCCUCUGCCAGGAACGCCUCGAGGACACCCACUUCGUCCAGUGUCCCAGCGUGCCCCAUCACAAGUUCUGCUUCCCCUGCAGUCGAGACAGCAUAAAGAGGCAGGGGGCCGGCUCGGAGGUAGGUUCCCCUGUGUACUGCCCCAGCGGGGAGAAGUGUCCACUGGCCAACAGUCAGGUGCCCUGGGCCUUCAUGCAGGGGGAGAUCGCCACCAUCCUCGGGGAGGACACCACCGGCUCCGGGUUAAAGGUCAAAAAGGAGCGAGAGACUUAAGGGAGGCGACCUCGUCGCGAAGGUCGAGGCUCAGAUUGUCCACUCCGAGGUGUCGGAGUGCGUUUUUGGCGAAACCGUGAAGGUUUGCCAAAGUGAUCUUUGGUAACGCUCUCACGGCCAGUUGGCUCCGAUGGGGGGAGGGAGGGCCAACUUUGCGGAUCGAGCCGAAGACGUUGUCGGGGCGAAUCGGAGGACCGGGGCACUUUUUGGGGCCGCCUUUGGGAUCCUUUUCCGGUUCCCUCUCGUGGUGGCCGGCGGGGCUUUUUUUCCUUCUCGGGAGGAACCGAGCGUAGGCGGGUCUUGAGCAGGAGUAGUCUUCGGCCGGCGACGGUCCUGUACAUAAGGAAGGGCGACGAAGGGCGCGAUUCGCCCGAGGGGAGAGGCGCCCAUGGCGGAUACUUGUCGGAUAUAUUUGGCGCAUCCAAUGCGCGGUAAACUCUCGUGCCCUUGUUUGGGUUUGUACUUAGACCCGGUCGCCUCUUUUUUCCAGUUGUCUUUGUACGUCGCGGGCGGGGUCGCGGCGAGGACCGACUCCUCGGCCGAAUCCUCGCCGUUGGUCGCGAUUACUUUAUGCCUUACUCUUUUUACCAGAGAUUCCCUCGGAUCGAUCGGAUCGAUCGGCUCGCGUUUCGUUCGUACGACCUUUCCACCCUGCUCGGUGUAUCGUAAGCACGGCGGACACACACCUUCGAACCCUGCGCCACGGGUUUUUCUGUACAUUGUGUAUAUGUGUACAUAUAUUAAUAAAACGUACGAUUAAAAGAUUAACCACUCUUCAAUGUACAAAACUGGUCAUUUCUACUCCGUACUCUUUAAAUUAUUCCGUUUAGGCACGCGCGCGACACUUCGACGUUCCGUCUUUCUCUCUCUCCGUCUCUGGACAUUCUCUCUUUUUAACGAACGGCUCUCGUUAUAGAAGCGUCGAGACAUGUCCUCUUCUUCCAGUGGCACGUAACGAGCCGUCUCCUCGCGGGACUCCUUUUCGAGAUCCUUUGCGAACGCGUACAACGGGCUAUCCAACGGUGUAGCGAUUCACUUCCACCUUCGCCUUUUAGUUUAACGUUAGUUCUUAAGUGAGAGGGCCUUUUAGUUUUUCAUUUUCUCGACGAAAUGGAAGGAAGGUACGCCCCCCCCGAAAGAAUAGGAACCACACACUCGCUAUGUCUGAGAAUUAAAUGGAGCGCGUCUCGCUGCCGUUCGGGCCUCUUUUGUUUCGAGGAACGAGCUCCUCGCGAAGUCCCGGCCCGUGCAGCUCCUCUUGUAUAUACUUGUACAAACGAUGGACGAUCGAUUAAGAUCCGUAACUACGUAUUGUAUACACGCAUCCUGGGUGCGCACCGAGUACCACGUGGCCCCGAAAGACCGUCAUUUUCGACGCGGCCCGACCUUGGACAGCCUCGAGUAAUUCUUGCCAUUUUGAUAUUAACUCGUGUUUUGACUCCCGAGUCCGGGUACUACGAGGUCACUUGUGAAUUUUUAUCCUACGCGGGUGGGACCACGUGGUACGCGACGCGUCCUCCAUCAAAUCGCAACGCCCCUCGAGAGGCGUCUGCAAAUAUGGUGCACGAUUAUGGUCUCUCUCUUCUUCUCUUUUCGAGGCCGCACUCGAGCUUUGCAAACGCUCUCUCGACCAGGCCGAUCGUUCGUUUCAUCCGUCGAAUGCCGUUUACUUCGUACUUCGCCCGCGGAUGGCGCGGAUGGCGCGGAUGGCGCGGAUGGCGCGGCUGCGCAAGGAGAACUCGGUCUCGUGCCUGAUGCGAGAACAAAGUCAGAGAUUACGAUUCGCAGGCUCUUUUUUAAACCGCUGACACGUGGAAGCGAGAACGCGUAAGAGACGAGGCUGAUGCAUCGUACAUUUUUCUUUUUCCACCGUUGAAAGCAAGAUCCGUAACGACGUUGAAACGCCAGGCACGGUAUACCGAAUUUAUGGAAAUUAGUAAAGAGUGGAGGGAGUGAAAAAUUAAAGUUAGCCAUAUUUUUGCUAUUUCGAUUUAACUUUCACUUAUCUACGGAUGUAUCGUUUAUUUUAUCGUGCCUCGCUUCGUACACGUUCUUGCUCAUUUUUGUACGCGGGUUUUCGUACCGUCUCCGUAGUUCCUACCCACGGCGCCUUCGCCAGGUGCAUCUAAGAGUUGUGCCGAAUUUUCGGAGGCGAAGAGUCCGCUCCGUUGGUUUUUUUUUACGUGGAAGUUGCUCGACCCCCACAAGACUUAUCUAUAUUUGCAUACUACGGAUGUCUUCGGUGUUUCUUUCUCCACGCGCCGCGAGCAGGGUGCGUUCUUUUUUUUUGUCGGGCCCGGAUUUGGGCCGAAAAAGAGAUGCUCCUUGUUCGUAGACCCGAACCCAGGAAUCCGCAUUUCGUGCGACCGGGAAAGAUGUGCCAACUCGACGGACGCGUUGUCACCAAAUCGACUCGACCGGAUCCACGGAAAUUCGAGGUCGGGAUUUUUCUUUUUCCGGUGCAUCGCGGACUGAGCGGGCACACCUUCCAGGGGGACCCCACGGGUCUUCCACCUAACUUCGUACGAUUCAUACUUAUUUUCUAUGAUUACUGUACGACGCUACACGUAAAACAUGAAAGUCACCCGCAAGAACGAUACGUCGAUUAGCCAUGUAGUAGCGGAUAAUAGAAUUUUCUAGUGUACCAUACCUCUCGAGGAACACGUAAUAAUGUACCGUUUAUCGUAUGUAUGCAACAAGCAAGAGACAAAAUAUAUGUGUUGAUGUGUAAGUGA